UUACUAGUUUAGGCGGGAUCUGCCUGUGUCAGCCUGUCUCCUGCAGAGACGUUUGGCAGUUGUAUAUUAUUUAUUUUUGUUUCUUAUUUAAUACUGGGAAUUUUAACUGCUUAGAAAAGCGGAGUUGACGUAUUUAGAAAACUAGAGUAACGUAAAGACAAAGUUGUGACUUAAAUUGAUAAUGGUAGUUAUUAUUUGCUAAAGGAGGCAAAAGUUUGAUAGUUUAGAGCGAUUAUGGAGCUUUUGGAAGAUCCAAAGUUUAAAACAACUUAUCGUAAAAGUAAAAUAAGAGUGAAACAAUGGGAGAGCAGUUUCAUGGAAAAAUAUGGAAGAAAACCAAACAAGCACGAUAUAAAAGAAGCAAAUAUCAAAAUCCGGGAUGCAUACAAAACCUACUGGACACUGAAGACCCGCGUUUUAGAAGAAACUCUAACAGACAUAACUUUCGAUGAUGAGGAAUCUAAUACCUCGAUGAGUUCGUUGUUCUCUUCACCAUGUGCAAGAGAAGAACCUAAAAGCACUUCAAUGCUCAUGCCCGAGACAUUGGUCCAAGAGCAAGAAAAUAUCCUCUCGGAAAAUCUUGCUGCUCAAAAACUCGUCUCACCAGCAAAAGAAGCUCCUCCCGAUAAUGUUAAUGUGAAAGGAGUAUGGGGAGAUCAUCUCUCCAACAAAAAUAAGGCUGAUUCCAAAAAGGGCAAAGGUCUUCUUGUCGGUAGAUCCACUUCCUUCCAACUCUCUCAAAAAAUGUUCAAGACUUCCAGUUUCUCGAAAAGAAACCCCAGAAAGUCUCUCUCAAUGACAAAGAUCAAAUCGAAAACCGAUUUGGGUGCAGCAGCAAAUGUAACUGUAGAGGAAAGCGACGGUUUCGAUGCGGAACUCAUGGAAUCACUUUACGGAGAGAAAUUAAAAAUUAUUCAUCAAGAAGCGAAGAUUGCGACUCAAUCUCUGAAUACUGUUCAACAGUUAAUUGAUGGACGUACUUCGAUGUCCAGGACGAUUAAUCAAGGCUGGUUGGAGAGAUGUGGAAUGGUUAUUCCAGACAUUUCACCAGGCGAGCCGCGACGAUUAUCAGGUGUAAGUGAUUCUGGAGUUGAAUCAAUGGAAAGUAGUAUUCAUUCCUUAAAAGAACUUCCAGGUACUUCAACUCAGAAAACAAAUAAAUCAAUUAUCUCGGAUGAAGAGGACUUUGUCUUCAACAGUGAUUCUGAAGAAGAGCGAAGAAGCAAACGAGUCAGAAAUCUGAGCAAGGUUUCAAGCGACGGAAACUAUUUUGCAAAACGACCUUGUCUUGGCGAUUCCAGCUUUUCCUACAGUCAGCCUUUGCCUCUUAAACCUCUUUUGAAUCCUCCUCUCAAAGAGGAUAAGAAAGUGCGUGAACCAGUAGAGCCUUCUACCCAAGAAGAAAAUUUGAUUCCGAAGGAAAGUGUAAUUCGAGAAGAAGAUAAAACUCAAAAAGUAGAAAAUAUAACUGCAAAAGAAGAAACUGACAAAUUACCGAAAUUGAAGCGAACCCUCAGUAGUAGGAAAGGACGCAGAAGAAUUCAAGAAGAAUCAAAUGACGAUAGUGAUCCGGAAUAUUCCGAAGAACCAAAAAAGACUAAACGAAUUACGAGGGCUUCUCGUGCAAAGAAGACUAUUGAUGAUGAUGAUUCGCCCCCAAAGGUUCGACGAACAAGAAAAUCCAUGAAAAAGGAUCAAAGUCCUGAAAAGGAAAAAGAUCUCGCCGUGAACGAUAUUACUUUUGGAAUUGAAUCGUUAGAUGUUGUGCCUCGAUUAUCAAUGAAAGUAUUUGGCACAGGGGACUUAAUCACCGACUUCUCAAGAGUUUUAGCUUGCAUCGAAAAAACGGAUGAAAGCUCAGUGAAGGAAGUGAAGAAAAGCGCAAUGACGGCAAAAGAAAGACUCGAGAAGAAGAUAGCAAGUGGUGAAUUGAACGAUAAUUAUGUGCGAGUGAAUUUGAAGAAGAAGGUCUUCGUCAGAGGGAAAAAGAACUUCAACUUCUCCAAGUUCAAAAAGGGCCAGUGGAAACAGAGAAAGAAGGAAUUGGCUUCAAGUGCUGGAAGCUUGGACGCGGCAGAUUUUGCCGAAAAAUCGGGAGGCUCUUGCAACUUGUGUGGAGAAAUGGGACAUUUUGCAAGGUAUUGCAAGGCUCGCAAGGGUGAAGACUUGCUUCCUCUCGAACAUGUAGACGAUUCUUCAGAAUUUCCGACUCUGGAGGAAGCCGAAGAUAUGUCGAGAAGAAAAGCUCUGAUGGCUCACUGCUCGAGAAUCGAUCGUCUUCCUAAAAAUCCAUCACAAUCGGUAAGUGGAGCAUCAGAAAUUGACGAGGAAAUCGACUUUCCGGACUGGAACGAGGAUGAAGUUCCAGAGGACCAGCAAAUUCAGAGUGGUUGCAAAAUUCCCGAGGAACUUAUUGCGAAAUUAUUGCCUCCUGAAACUGGAGCCGUAAAUCCAGUCUUUCCUGUGGGACCGAAUAAUUCUCUCAUGAAAACACCCGAGGCAGUUUUCAAAGUCCUGAAAACUUUCGGUCACGACUCAUUCCGCCCAGGUCAAGAAAAAGCAGUGAUGAGAAUCCUCUCUGGCCAAUCAACCCUCGUAACUUUGUCCACAGGCUCUGGAAAAUCACUCUGCUAUCAACUCCCCGCCUAUAUCUAUUCACAGAAAUCCCCCUGUAUUACUCUCGUAAUUUCGCCCCUCGUAUCUCUGAUGGACGAUCAGAUCACCGGAAUUCCCUCGUUUCUCUCAGCAGCUUGUCUGCACACCAAUCAGUCUGAGAAAGUGCGCGAAAAAGUGAUGGAGUCCGUAAAACAGGGGAAGCUCAAUAUCCUCCUCGUUUCACCAGAAGCCGUGGUCGCUGGUGAAAAGUCGACCGGGUUCGGCGCUCUUCUGAGACAACUUCCUCCAAUCGCUUUUGCCUGUAUAGAUGAAGCGCAUUGCAUUUCUCAGUGGUCCCACAAUUUCCGGCCUUCUUAUCUGAUGAUAUGUCGAGUUCUGAAGGAAAAGUUGGGAGUGAAAACGAUCCUGGGACUGACUGCGACUGCCACGACCUCCACAGCACAGAGUAUCGUGAAUCAUUUGAAUAUUCGAGAUGGACUGGACGGUGUGAUUUCGGAUACGCCGAUGCCGAGGAAUUUGCAAUUGACUGUUUCGAGAGAUGAAAACAGAGAUCGAGCCUUGGUGGAUCUUUUGAGGAGUGAGCGAUUCGAAAAGUGCGACUCAAUUAUCAUUUAUUGUACGAGAAGAGAAGAGUGCAUGAGGAUCGCCGGAAUUCUGAGAGUUUCUCUACAAAAUCCUGAAAAUCGGGAGAGCGCGAAUGUGAAGAUAUCGAGCCUGGCGGAAGCUUAUCAUGCAGGAUUGUCCGCUCAUCGGAGAAAAAUCGUCCAGAAAUCGUUCAUGAGUGGAGAAACGAGGAUUGUUGUGGCCACCGUGGCUUUCGGGAUGGGAAUCAAUAAAUCGGAUAUUCGAUCUGUUAUCCACUAUAAUAUGCCAGCUAGUUUCGAAAACUACGUACAGGAAAUCGGAAGAGCUGGACGAGACGGACUUCCUGCCCAGUGUCAUCUUUUCAUCAGUCCAAGGGUAAAGAUUUAUUAA